UCCUUUAUAGGCAUGAACCUCGCUGUCACUUGACGCCUCCCUCCUGACAUCCUCUCCACGUAGGCUCAGACAACCGUUUCCCUCCGAACCAAAACUCCAAUAAACAAACAAUUAACAAAAAUAAAAUACACAUUGUAGUAUGUAGACGCAGCACAAGGACACGCGCGGCGGAGAGAAAGGGAAUGUGGUUUCGUCUUCUCUCAGAAGCCAAAAUAAUGAAAAAGUAAUCUCUGAGAGAGGAAGAUUCAAGAAUAAGACUCCACUGCCUACUCUUGUUGCUUCUCUUCAAAGCCACUGUUUCUUUCUACAAUCUUUUGAUGCUGAUAGUUUCCCUAUUUAAGCUUUCACGCCAUUUCCCACGAGAAAUCGGUUCACUUCUCUCACGGAAAAGCACUCGUCUCUUCUCUAAGCCUCACUCUUUACUUCUCUAUAUAAGCCUUUCCUUCACUCAACUUCUUAAUAUAUGCAAAUGGCAGACCACAAGCUUAGAGUUCUAGUUUCUUGCAUUUUCCUGGCUUUCUUUCUUCUUCAAUGUAAAUUCUUUGUGCUUGCAAUUUUGGACCCUAUUGAUUUCUUGGCUUUGCAAUCCAUUAGAAAGGCGCUAGAUGAUAUGCCGGGCUCCAACUUCUUCGCUUCCUGGGACUUUACUUCCGAUCCUUGUAACUUUGCUGGUGUUUACUGUGAUGUUGACAAGGUGAUCGCUCUUAAUCUCGGUGAUCCAAGAGCUGGUUCUCCAGGUCUCAUCGGUCGACUCGACCCUGCUAUUGGUAAGCUCUCUGCUUUGACUGAGUUCUCUGUUGUACCAGGCCGGAUCAUUGGUUCACUGCCACAAUCCCUCUCCCAAUUGAAGGACCUCCGCUUUCUCGCCGUCAGCAGAAACUUCCUCUCUAGUGGGAUUCCGGCAACUCUAGGCAUGCUGCGCAAUCUCAGAACCCUUGAUCUCAGCUACAAUCAGCUCACCGGAGAGAUUCCUAACUCAAUCGGUACCAUACCGGAACUGGCAAAUGUCAUUCUGUGCCAUAACCGCCUCUCUGGAUGGGUCCCUCCAUUUCUCUCGCAGUCACUGACUCGGCUCGAUUUGAAACAUAACGAUCUCACUGGUUCGCUCGGACCAUCUUCUCUCCCUCCGUCGCUUCAUUAUCUUUCCCUUUCAUGGAAUCGGCUCAGCGGACCCGUGGACCGGAUACUGAACCGGCUAGACCAGCUAAACUACUUGGACCUAAGCAUGAACCAGUUCAGUGGUGGCAUUCCGGGCCGGAUCUUCACGUUUCCAAUAACCAACCUUCAAUUGCAGAGAAAUCUAUUCACCGGUCCGCUUCAACCGCCCAAUCAGGUUACAAUAGAGACUGUUGAUCUUAGCUACAACAGAUUAUGGGGUGAAAUCUCACCCAUGUUCUCUACCGUACAGAAUUUGUACCUGAACAAUAAUCGGUUUACGGGUCAAGUACCUGGAAGUUUCGUGGACCGUUUGUUGGCCGCGAGUAUACAGAUAUUGUACUUGCAGCACAAUUAUCUAACAGGGAUUGAUAUUAAUCCAGCGGCUCAGAUUCCAUCAAGCAGCUCGUUGUGUUUGCAGUAUAAUUGUAUGGUCUCGCCCGUACAGACGCCAUGCCCUUUGAAAGCUGGAAAGCAGAAGACUAGACCAGCAGCACAGUGCAACGAGUGGAGAGGGUAAAGUUGGAAUUCAUCAGAUAUAAUAGAGGGCAAAACUGAUACAAAUGGUUUAAUAUUUUUUGGGGCAGGGGGUUGAUUUAAUAUUUUUUAAUGCAAUCUUAAUGAUUGAAUAAGGAAGAUUAGUAGAUAAAAUUUGAUGAGAAAUUGUAGUUAUUUAUGGGAUUUGUUUGAGAUUUCAA